AUGGCUUGUAUUUCAGGCAGCAACAUCUGGGUAGGAUGUCCUGUACUAAAGGUUGCUGGAAUCUUGUUCUAUCGAUGUCUUGGACUGGAACGGUUCAAACAAGCCAUAGAUGCCCAACGGCUAACCGGCCAUCAUCACCCCCAUCCCCGAAGCCUCCCCCAGCAAACCCGCACCAUCAAUGAAAGCCUACUUUAUGAUGGCGGGAUGGAUCGAGAUGCCCUCUUACAGAGACGGGGUCCGAAGUCUAUGCAACACUCGACUGUAUUACCACGACGAAAAUACAAUGCUAGCUACGUGGUAGACCUAGAACGACGUGCCGAGCAAUUGGAGCGUAUGCUCAAAGAGCACAAUCCGGAUAUCCUUCUGCCUGAAGGAACAAAAAGAUAUGUGCCGGGAGGUUCGUCUCGACAUGCAAGUCUUGUGUCCGAGAUUUCCGAGCUUGACGAUGACUUUACGCGCUUGGACCUUGGGGAGGAAAUGAAGAAUCUGUCGUUGGAACACAGCAAGGCUCUCAGCGAGAGGUGUUUCGGACCCUCAAGUGCUUUAGCGCUUUUCAUGAGUGCCCUUUCUACCAAAAAGAAGUUGGUCGGCAAUUUGAAUGCGAUGCAACUACAAGACUAUUCCGAUUUAUGUCCUUGGGAGCGUGCUACGGCUGACGCCGAAACCAUUAAACAUGUUUUUCCUGACAACGAUCUUAUUACAAGCCUGGUCGCCAUAUAUUUCGAACAGAUCCAUCCGAUUCUUCCAAUCAUGCAUCGACCCACAUUCACGAGAGACGUCGCCGACGGUUUACAUCUGCGGGAUGAGAAUUUCGGUGCUACGCCUACUUUCCGUUCUGGCUGUUGCGUCGCGUCAUUCGGACGACCCAAGGCUGGACGCCAAUUGGGCUCGGGACUACGCUACGCAGUAGAAAUUGGCCUGCAUAGGAAGAAGCCCCAGGGAUACGAGCCAACAAUCGACGACGAACUCAAGAAGCGAUCCUUUUGGGCGCUUGUCACGCUUGAGAGACUGUUUAGUCUAUUCGACGGGUUGCCUAUCAUGAUGCAAGAGGAAGAUCUCGACUUGGAGCUACCAGUUGAAUGUGACGACGAAUACUGGGAUAUCCGUCCAAAUGGAGCAGUACGGUUUUUCCAACCGGCCAACAAACCUUCCAUAAUCAGUUAUUUCAAUGCGCAAAUACGGUUAAGCGGGAUAAUGUCAAUUGUCGCGAGGAACUUGUAUUCUAUCAAGAAAAGCCGAGACAUGUGGGGUCUUACCAGAAAGGAUGAGCAGCGCAUCGUUUCUGACAUAGACUCUUCCAUGAAUGCUUGGAUGAACUCCGUCCCCGACCAUUUACGUUGGGAUCCCGACAACGACAAUAUGCUGUUCUUGUAUCAAUCAUCAGUUCUUUAUAGCCACUACUAUAUGCUGCAGAUCAAUAUACAUCGACCCUUUCUACGCUCUGGCUCUUCCCUGUCUACGCCGUCCCUCGUUAUGUCUACAAUGGCAGCCAGAUCUCAUUCUCGAAUCCUACAAGUUCAUCUGACGAGAAUAAAGAUUAUCUCACCCUACAUUCUGACGAUAGCCUUCAUGUCUGGUGCUGUACUGGCCAUGAACAUCUGGAGUAGGAAGCGGGCGGGCUAUCCCCCAAACGCAGAAGACCUGAACGGUUAUAAACAAUGCCUAGAUACCUUCAUAAAUGCAUCCGACAGGUGGUAUAUUGCGGGUUGCUCACUGGGAAUGUUCAAGGACUUGGCCUCCUCUGAGACGGCCAGCAUUUUAGAAGGCAUGUCUAUUCACGCUUUACGCCUUCAAGAAACCACCACCCCUGUGCCAGCCCCCGCUUUGGACUCGUAUUGGGCUAUACCUGAUGCUCCACCUGAAUUAGUUCAGCAAUAUGAUCCAGCGUACUUGAAUGACUCUUUACCAACCGGCACAGGCCUACCCUUAUACCGGACGAAUGACAACCCAUCGGGUUCGUCCCAGCCGUUAGUUCUCGAUAUUUCGGAAUCAGAGAUGCCUGGCGGGCUAGAAGCCAUCAAUAUGUGGACUUCUGCACCUCCAGGAUUUGGCUUUGCGGCAUGGGACACAUACAUUACCAACAUGGGUUUCGAGAAUAGACACUCUUAG